UAACCGAAACAGAUCGCUACCGUUUUAAAUGCAUCGCCCUUGCUUGCCGUCUCCAUCUUUUUGACUGAUCUCUCGAAUCCCUUCGCGUCCUCCCUCCUUCCUGCUCCUCAAUUCGUGCAUUGGUAAGAGCGAGUGGAGAACGCGUUCGAGUGAGGGAAAGGAGUGCGGGAUCACUUGAUCUGUCAACGGAGGGUGAGAUCUGGCCGAGGUAACUGGAAUUUUGGAUCUCCGGCGAGGAGUUCUGGUGUGGCUGUGCGGUGGGCUUUCGAGCUAGCUUCGCCUAAAACGGCGUCGAUCCUGUGAGAGAUAAUUCCUGAUCACGAGAGCUUGAGCAAUGACGGCAGAUGCGAGCGAGUUUAGUGUUGGAUCUGGAGUCGAAAUCGAGGGGUCAGUUGGUCUCGGUUUGGAGUCGGACAGUGAUCAAAAGGUUUCAUGGGACUCUAUUGGCAUUGACUGCUUGGUUGGUGAAGAGAAGGUUAGUGGUCGGACUGGGAGAUUGAUCACGAUGGAGAAUGGUAAUUUGGAGGAAUCGCGACAGCGGGAUCUUGAUCCAGAUGUCAAAGAAGAUUCGGUUGCCGUCGGGGAUCUAGAACCGAUCGAGAUGAAAAGAGUAAAUGGGGAAUUGACUUCUGAGAAUGAGGGUGAUCGUGAUGGAAGUGUUGAUCCCAUUGUUAAAGUAUCAGUGAUUGUGGAUGAUGAUUGUAAAGAUAUCACAACUUGUGAUAUGGAAGAGGAAUUAGUUGAAUCAGAUUUAGGAACAGUGUCCAAGGAAGAAAUAGGUGAAGCACUUCAGCAAAGUGUCCAACAUGAGGCGCAAGAUGAGAAAGUACGUGACAUUAAAAGUGGAAUCUGUGAGUUGGAAGGAAAAAGAUGCAAUGAAGAGGGCAACAUGGAGCUGUGCAUGGAUAAUGGUCAAGAUCAUGUGAAGGAUAAUAGUAGGCUAGAAGCAGCCAAACUAGAUUUUCAUGUCGAAGUGACAACAAAUCAAGAAGGUGAAACUCUAGCCAAGGAUAUGGACUUUGAAAACGAGGAAUCAAAUGCUGAAGUAAAUAAAGAUAGCAAUGCUCUGGUUACAACAAUUGGCAAGGAUAUGGACUUUGAAAAUGAGGAAUCAAAUGCUGAAGUAAGUAAAGAUAGCAAUUCUCUGGUUACAACAAUUGAUAAGGAUAUGGACUUUGAAAACGAGGAAUCAAAUGUUGAAGUAAGUAAAGAUACCAAUGCUCUGGGUGCACCAAUUGACAAGGAUAAGGACUUUGAAAAAGAGGAAUCAAAUGUCGAAGUAAGAAAAGAUAGCAGUGCUCUGGUUACAACAAUUGAUAAACAAGGUAAUUUAGAAUUAUCUGUUUAUGACGACGAAAGUCAACAAUGUGAGAGCAUAGUUAUUGAGACACAACAUAAGGAAUCCAAAACAUCUUCUGUAGAAUCUAAUAAUGAAGAAAGCAAAGAAGUACUUAACAAUAUCCACCAUGAGAAGGAAGAGGGGACACUUGUAAGAGCUGAUGAGAAGCAGGAAAUUACCAUUUCCAAUACAGAAGUUGAUAACCAAGCAGAUAGGUAUACAAAUGUGUUAUUGCUGGAGAUGGAAGAGUCUCAGACUGUGCUUACAGCACCCAACAAGCAUGACCAAGAAAAGCUGAUUGCUCCUGAAACUCAAGUUUUUGAUAAUAAAGAGCAAGAAACUUUAGAAUUAGCUACUGCUGAAGAAGGAUCAGUUGAGGAGACUCAGACUUCAAAGACAUAUGCUGGAAACCAAUGUGAAUUGGUAUCAGCUGUCAAAAUUCAAAAAGAAGAGAAGCUCGAGGGAUUAGUUACAGAGAGCCAGCCUCAUGAAUGUUCUGUUGUUAAUGAGCAUAUGGCUAAGCCUAUGCCAGAAGAACAUUUAGAAGAAAAUAGGAAAGUAGAUGGUAGUGUAUCUUUUGAAACUCACAUGGAUGUUCCUGUAACUGAGAUUAGUGGCAAAGUAGAUGAAGCCGUACCAAGUGGUAACUCCAUCGGUGAUAUUUUGAUUGUUGAACAGUCUCAUGAUUUGCAUUCCGAUGAAGAUUGCUGCAGGUCAGAUAUAUCUUGUGUUGCUGAGGUCAAAUCGUCACUGGAAAUUCCAAUUUCUCCCCGGGCUUUACCAGAUUCUGGCAAUGGAUCAUCUAAUUGCCAAGACACGUGUCCUUCUGAACAUGAAGUUGUCACGUCGAAUGCAGUAGAUGUUCCCAGCAUAACAGCAGAUAGACGAGACAAGUUAGGCAAGGUUGAAUCUGACAAUGGUAGUUGUACAACUGAAACUAAUGAAAAUGCAGCAGUAAAUGAUGUUGAUGCCAUCAAAUCUGAAUUUUCUAUUUCAAAGGAAUCAGAAGAAUCUAGCCCUUCUUUGGCUGGUUCAGUUGAAGUCAAAAGGUUAUUGGAUGAUGAAAGAAAAGGUGUCAAUGGAGAAUCUGGAAUUUUGGAAGAGAGUCAAGUGCCAGUUAAAGAACAUAAUGCAUCAACUUUAGCUGUUGAAAAGGUGACGACCAGUUUAGGUAGACCACAAGCGUGUUACAUAGUUAAAAUUCCAAGAUCCGUAGACAAUCAACUUUCAGCAAGCAUACAAACUGCACAGUCAGAAGUAAAUGAGAAAACCCAAAGAAGGGAUUCUAUCAAAGUUUCUAUUGAAAAGCAGAAGGUGAUAUGUAAUGAAUUCUGGAAGAAAUUUGAAGAUGAAAAAGCUGAAGACAGAACUGCAAGAGCUGCAGUUAGUGCCAAACGCCAACAGAUGGAGUCACUCCAAUUAAUGUUAAACAAGCUGAAAAAUGUACAGUCCAUUGAGGAACUUGAUGCCAAGAUACAAUCAAUGGAAUUUGAUCUUCAGCAUGUAACCAUGCCACUGAAAGAAGAAAAGAAAUAUAUUCAUGAUCUUAAACAGUUAAGGCAACAGCGAGACCAACUCACUUCUAAUAUGGGCUCAAUUACUGAAAUGGAUGAGGCAUUUGAUCAAAAGGAACAGAUUGAUGAGCGAUUUAAUCUUUUGAAGAAGGAAUUGGAUUCUCUUAGAACUGAGGUGCUGCGAACUGAAGCAAAUGCAAAUGCUGCCAGGAAGAAGUAUGAUGAGGAACAACAAAUUUUGAGAGUUCUUCGUCAACAAUUCAGGGAUGCUGAUGCUCUUCGCCAAAAAGCAUAUGGACAAUGGCGAGAACUUAAAAACAUGGUAACUGAAAGGAAUAAACAUUUUAGCAUGUACAAGCGUGAUCAGAUAUCUGCUCAAAGCUAUUUAUCUUCCAGAGAUUUUGAGGGACUUCUGUCACACUGUAGUAAACAGGUUGAAAAUGUAAUGGAUCUGUGGAGCAAUGAUGACGAGUUCAGAACGCAAUAUGUUAAAUCCAAUUUGAACAGCACACUGUGGAGACUUAGGACACCUGAUGGAAGAUCUCUUGGUCCAGAUGAGGAACCGCCUGUUAUACAAACUAACCAAUUCAGGAUUUCAGUCCCUCCUCCACAGCAGGCCAAAAUCAACGAAUCUGUUCCACCUGCAACUUUAGAAGCAAAAGCUGAAACUUCGGAAGAAGUUGAAUCGUUUCCUGCUUUGCCAGCAGCAAAAAAUGAUCAUCCUGUUAAACCUAAAAAUCCAGUGAAACCUCCUCCAGAAAAGUCAAAAAAAACUGAAACUGCUAGAGUUCAAGAUAGAGAAACUGAAAUCGAUGAGAGCUUGAAUGUUCAAACAAAGGAGGAAGAGGAGCUUAGAAAGAAGGAAGAGGAGCUUAGAAAGAAGGAAGAGGAGCUUAGAAAGAAGGAAGAGGAGCUUAGAAAGAAGGAAGAGGAGCUUAGAAAGGAAGAAGAGUUGAUUAUGAAGGAAGAAGAAUUGAGAAAAGAAAAAGCUGCAGCUGAGUUAAAAGAACAGCAACGCUUAGAGGAAAUAGCAAAAGCCAAGGCAGCAGAAGAAAGGAAAAGGAGACAAGCUGAGAAGGCACAGGCCAGAGCUGAAUACCGAGCACAAAAAGAAGCUGAAAAAAGGGAGAAGAAGCGAGCAAAGCAGCACAAGAAGAAAGGCAUUGCUGCUGAAGACACAACACCCAUUAAUGGUGUUGACGAAGGCAUUGCCCCAUCUUCAGAAACUAUGAAGGAACUUGAUGUUACUGCAGUAUCAGUGGCAAAGAAACCUCCGAGGCUGGUGGCUUCAGUAAAGCAAUUCAACAAGGUACAGCCUAUUCCCUUGCCACUUCGUAAGAAGGGAAAGAGGAAGAUGUCCACAUGGAUGUGGGUGCUUCUGACUGUUGUAGUAGUAGUCUUUCUGUUCCUUGCUGGCAACUACAUCACCUUGUCCACUUUCAGCUUCCAACAACCUGGCCUUUGAACGCAUUCUAGUUGCAUACACUACACACACAAACAUAUAAUAUAAAGAUUAUGGUUUAUAGGGGGUAGGAAAGGGAGUUUAUGCAUGAGUGGCAACCAUUCUUUGUGCACUACUAUUUCCAAUUUUUCUUUCUUAAGAUUACUCUCUGCAUAAUAUGCUUUUGGUUUGUGAUUUGCGUUUGGAACGAUAGUACUAUAUUUAUUGAAUUGAUUGAGACCCCGAGUGACUUAUGACUGUCUAAAUUUAAGAUGGUAAGAAUUAUUCAUAGCUGUAUUUAUCCAAUUCAAGUUUCUUGCAUUUGCAGUA